AUGUGUGCCAGCCCAAUAGAUAAUGGAGAGUUAUGUCUCCAGAGUUUCCAGUGCAGAAGCAAAUGUUGCCACAGGGUUAAUGGGUUAAGUAUGGCUCGCUGUGCAAAUAAAGCAGCUGAGAACCAGGAGUGUUCCCGUAAGCAUCUCAUUGGGGUUUACUACAGGUGUCCCUGUGAGAAUGGCUUAUCUUGUGAUGCUGACAGAACUAUUGUGGGGAUCAUCACCAACACAGACUAUGGCAUUUGCCAGGACCCAGCAAACCAAUACAAAAUCAAUGAUGAAAGCAAUUGA